AUGGAUUCGUUUAACGCCAGCGGAAUGGAUGCGUUCACGGUGAUCCAUUUGAAUUCCUCCUGGGCGCUGGACAGUGGAUAUUCUUUAGCAGCGAUAGCUGGCAUCGCUGCUCUUGUAAGUUUUCUCAUUCUUUUUACCGUUGUUGGAAAUAUUCUGGUGGUUAUCGCUGUGUUAACGAGCCGGGCGCUGAAAGCCCCCCAAAACCUUUUUCUGGUGUCUUUGGCCACAGCGGACAUCCUGGUCGCCACUCUGGUGAUGCCGUUUUCUCUGGCGAAUGAACUUAUGGGUUACUGGUAUUUUGGAAAAGUUUGGUGCGGUAUCUAUCUGGCUUUGGAUGUUUUGUUUUGUACUUCAUCCAUUGUGCAUCUGUGCGCAAUAAGCCUGGACCGGUACUGGUCCGUUACGCAGGCUGUAGAGUACAACCUGAAGCGGACUCCUAAACGCGUCAAGUGCAUCAUCCUGAUCGUUUGGCUUAUAUCUGCUUUCAUCUCAUCUCCGCCGCUCAUAUCUAUCGAUAGCAACAACGAGAUCAGCUCUCAGCCUCAGUGUGAGCUGAAUGAUGACACUUGGUACAUUCUUUCCUCCAGCAUCGCAUCCUUCUUCGCUCCCUGCUUAAUCAUGAUCUUGGUCUAUAUCAGAAUAUACCAGGUGGCCAAAACCAGAACCAGAAGCAUGUCGGGUAAAAAACCCAGGCCAGAUGGUGUCACACAAACUGAGAAUGGACUGAGCAAAGCCACCUCCCCUUUCCACGGCGAGAGAGAGAAUGGUCACUGUCAGUGCCCUCCUACGCCCAGCCAACAUACGGUCACCGUCGGGCAACAGACUGAGGAGGCUGACAUGGAGGAAACCUCCUCCUCAGAGGGCAAAGAUCCCAAGUCCCAGUGUCAGGAGUCCCAGAGAGCAAAGAGGACCAGCCAAAAGAAAAGCUCCCUCUCCAAACAAUCCACACGCAUCGCCAGGGUUAGUAACAAAUCCAGGGAUCUUUUCGCCUCCAGGAGGAAACGUCGCAGGAACUCCUUAGCCAGAAAGAAGAUUUCUCAAGCCAGGGAGAAGAGGUUCACAUUUGUCCUGGCUGUGGUCAUGGGGGUCUUUGUUGUUUGCUGGUUCCCCUUUUUCUUUAGCUACAGCCUGUAUGGUGUGUGUAGGGACUCCUGUAAGAUUCCGGACCCACUUUUUAAAUUCUUCUUCUGGAUUGGCUAUUGUAACAGCUCCCUCAACCCCGCCAUUUACACCAUCUUCAACCGGGACUUUAGACAUGCCUUCCAUAAGAUCCUCUGCAAGUCCUGGAAAAAGUCCUUUUAGCUGUGAAGCAGAGCUGCUGCAUCACUGUGACAAUCUUACUGGAAAUAUCAUGUUGAAUUUACAAAAAAACGGGGGGAAAAAGAAAAAGGAAAUCUGUUGUGUUUGUUUCUGCCACUCAUGUCUCAUUGUCCUGCUGUUUUUCCAGUCAUGACAGCGUACACCCUUCAAGGAGUCCCUCCAAGCUUCAGCAUAGAUGUUUUCAUUACAGACUUCUUACAGGCUUUCCCAGUUUGAUUGGUGUGCACCACAUUUAUUUUACUCCCACUGAAAUGUGCUGUAAUUCUGUGUUAAAGCAUCAAUACCGAUGAAGCUCCCUGUACAUCCACAAAAGAU